GUGUUCCCGAAGACAUGUCCCAACAGAUGAGCUCCCAAGACACCUGGGUCACAGAGCAGAGGAAGCUGCAGAAGGACACCGGCUGUACAACCACCUGUAGCGCAGCACGGAGAAUCAGUCCUCUGCAGUGAACAAGAAGCCGUGCAAUCUGUGGAUUUCUGAUAUCUUCAACUUUGAGGCAAUAUUUCGAACGCUUGACGUUACUUUUAAAGAAGUAAACUCUCCUUGACUGACCGUUCAAAGCGCUGUUUGGAUACCUGCGCGCUGCGUUUUCCUGCUCGACCGCUCACCUCCACCAAACCGUAAAGAUUUGGCAAGGAUGGAUCAGCUCUGAUUACAUUGUCAUGGCACACAGACGUGCGGUUCACAGCGGGGAGCAGAGGGUUAUGACUCUAUCUUAACGGGUUUCUUUCUCAGUCGCGCUUUUGUUGUUGUUGUUGUUGUUUUGUUUCCCCGGCGCAGAUAUGGGUUCGGAGAAGCCAAACUUUCUCUCGCAGCCCGUGGUGAAAAACGUCUUCAUGUUCAGGAACGGAGACCCUUACUACGAGGCAAGACGGAUAGUCAUCAACGAGAAGAGAGUGUGUAACUUCGAGACGCUGCUGCGAGAGGUGACCGGCGGGGUACAGGCUCCGUUCGGGGCGGUGAGGAACAUCUACACGCCAAGAAGGGGGCACAAGGUGGACUGCAUGGAGAGCCUGCAGAGCGGGGAGCAGUACGUCGCUGCGGGAAAAGAGAAAUUCAAAAAGCUCGAUUAUCUAGAUAUUGGGACCCGAAAGAAGAGGAUGAUGCAGACACUGCCAGCUCAGGCCAGACCACUCCCACAAAAUCGAAUCAUUGUGUCCGCACGAUUUCUAAAACCCAUCAAAGAACCAUGCACAAUAUUUGUCGUAGCAAACCGUGAUGUGUUGAACCCUGCAAUGAGACUGCUGAUCCACCAGAGGAUGAUGGACCAGUUUGAACGAAUACUAGAAAUGAUUACAGAAAAGAUGGGCUUGCGAAUCCUGGGAGGUGUACGAAGUCUCUACACCUAUGAAGGCCAUCAGGUGACUGAUGGGAGUAAGCUGGAGUGCGGGCAGCUUUACGUGGCUGUGGGCAGAGAGAGAUUUAAGAAGCUUCCAUACAGUGACCUUCUCUUCACUAGGCCCAAAGGAACAAGAAGGAUCAGAGGAAUGAAGGCUCAUUCUUUACCACCCAUCUAUCGAUUCUCAAAACAGAGUGGAAAUAGUAAAUCCCCAGGUCGUUCCAGCGACAGUGGGGAUGGGGAUUCCAAAGCCUCUCCUCCAAACCACUGCGGCAGCAGCAAGGAAGACCUGACCUCUACUGUAAGAGAGAUCUCUCAGGCUAGGCUGCUCACCCUCAGGAAGAAGAAAAGUGGGCAAAGCAUCACGGCCGACUCACCUGAUAACGAUGUCAGAGAACCACAGGCUGACAGUGAAAACACAGAGCGCGAAACCUCCCAAGAUCAGAGAGCUGAAGAGAAACCUGAUGCAUCCGAUGGCCAAAGGGCUUCAAAAGAGGACAGUGAAAAUACCGAAGAGGAACCCUGUUCUGAAAACCCCACAGAAACAGAAAAACCCACAAGCAAAGAUGACAGGGAACAUAUCCAAGACACAAAUGUUGCAAAAGAAGAAGAGGAGAAGAAGGAAGCUGAUGAGCAAAAUGAUGAAAAAGAAGGGGGAGGUACUGCAAUGAAUGAGCAGAAGGUGGAGGAAGUUAAAGAAGUGAAGGAAGAAGUCAGAGUAGAGAGUAAGAAUGAGGUUGAUAUUGAGGAUCAGGCGUCCACUAGCAGUCCUGUUGAUGAUAAGCCCCAGGACAAUAAAGAGCUAAAGGAAGCAUCCUCUGAGGCUAAGAAAGAGCAAGACAAUGAUACAGAAGAAGAUAAGCAAGAGAGAGCUGGUGGUAAUGGGGAGGAAAGCAGCAAUGGCCACAGUAAUGAUGCAGACAUGGGGGAGGAACGAAAGGAGACAGAAAACGGCAACAUGCCUGGCGAGACUCAGUCGGAUAACGAGGAAAAAGGAAGCGGAGCUACUAGAAGCAGCAGCAGGACCAGUAACCAGGAGGAAGAUGUCAUCACAUCAAAAGAUGAUUCUCCCAUUGAGUCAGGAAAAGAAGAGAAGAUUAACAGAGAGAGGAAUGGAAAGGUAGAAACUGAAGUAGAGCCAGAAACAAACUAGCCACAGAAGCAAGAGAGUAUGAGGGCAAUUUUGCUCAAAACAAUCAAGACAACUAAAGUAGCAAAGAGUGAGAUUAGUAAAAGGAAACCCUAAAACUAAAAUGAGCAUUUGCAGAGAAGAAUAAUAAAAAAGAGCAAAAAUAACACAAUUAAUGGAACUGUGCUUUGAUGUUUCCAUUGAGUUUCCAAAAAGAAGAGUUCAUUUCUAUAAGCAGAUAGUCUUUCAAUGCCUUUGACUAACUUCUACAGACACAGCUAAACCAAUGAAAGCUACUGUAUUGUGAUAAAUAUUUAUUUUGCAUAUUAAUGAAUAUGGUUAACUCUUAAGGUGCUUUGUUUAAUGAAACAAUCUGUGAGCUCUCUAGUUUUGAGAAAGAUCAUGUUAACAUUAUAGUGAACACAAACCUUGUGAAUUCCUGUAGGCAUCUAAACAGCCAACAUGGUCUGACAAUCUUGUAUUAAUGCUACAUCCUCACUGUAUAGUCAAAGUGUAAAAUUUAUUUAUUUACUUAUUCAUUUAUAUUUGUCAGAUAUCUGAAGAAUAAAACUGCAUGAAUCAAGAAUAUAUAUAUAUUUUGAGUCAUGUUAAUGAUUCAUUUUUAUAUUUCAGGGCCAGUGUGUGACUGCUGAUUUUCACUAAUGUUGACACUUUUUUGGAGGAGUCUUAUUUCUUUAUUGUACCAUCUGCUUUUUUCCAAGUACCAGCAUUAGCAAAUAUGACUCCCUGCAUAAUGCUAGUACCACUAUGCCACAAAAACAGAUGUACAGAUGCAUGACAGAUGGUGCUCUCUUGUGUGUUUGGGAUCUAUGCUUUUGGUUGCUGCCUCCUCACAUAACAUUUGUACUGCCCUUUUAUUCCUUCUUGGGAGUUUCGUUUUGGCACUGUGGCGUCUUUAAAUUUGAAAACUCUCAGGUUGGCUCUGGGUUUUAAACAUAUUUUUGUGAUUAGGGUAAAGAAGAUUACAGAGAACAGAUUGGGUCCAGAAUUAUUAUGAUAUAUUUUUUUCUGAUUUAUUUUUCAAAGCUAUUUCCAAAGUGGUAUGGAGGGUGGUACCACCACCUGAAAAGUAAAUAGAUGAAAAUGACUGACAAGAGAAUGCAAAAUUUGGUCAAUAUCAGUUCCUGCAAUGAAUAAUAAUAAUAAUAAAAAUUAUUCAAAUGGUUUAAAAUUCCUAUAGGGCAUCUUUCAAAAAAUCAUUGAGUUGGAGUCUCUAAACUAAGAUUCAGUUACUCACAGUUACCACAAGCCAAAUAAUAAUGAUAGAAAAAAAGAAAUAUUAAAGAAAUAAACUUUUUGUAUGGUGUGCAAAUUUGUAUUUCAUAAAGAUUUAAAAAAGGAAAAGGAACUCAAAACAAGCUAA